CUUUUCCGAUUCGACAUCCAACCAAUUCCAAUCAAUUGGUCCUGGAUCGCAUGUAAUGCAGCAAGCAGUCAGAGAAUAUCUGAAGCUGCUGUAAUCAUGCCUCCUCGAAUGCGCGGCGCAUCAACGCCGCUGGUUGGCCUCGAUGCCGCCGUCUCUAUCUCCUCUAGGAGCUCCUCCUCCCCAUUCCUCCGAACGUUCUCGACAACGCCAUGCCGCGAGAAAAUGAGCAAAGGCCGUGCGAGGAUGUUCGAGUGGUUGAACCAUGGUGGCGGCAGGAGUCUUGCUGAGGCCGGUACCAGCCCUAAUUACCUUGGUCCUCACCAAGAUCAGCCUUUCCCUCUCAACCCCUUGUUCCGAAGCCAAACUGUGCUGUCUGACCAGACACGCGAGAUUAUUUAUGACAAGGUUAUAGGCAAGGGUGAGUUGCUCAAGGCGGUGUCUGCUGAAAUGCACAUCGACGUGAGACGAGUUGCCGCCGUGGUGCGGUUGAAGGAGGUUGAGAAGCAAUGGAAAGCCGAAGGCAAGCAGCUGGCAGUUCCUUACGCUAGAGCAGUCAUGAAGAUGCUGCCCAAGACAUUCUGGGAGGAGGGUGCAGAGAAUGUGCCACACGAGCCCAUUAACGAGAUUCACGUGCACAACCUCACAAUGCAACAACUAUUUACACCCGUGUCGGAAUCUCGGCAUUUCACACGAGAGGAUGCCGCCAAGGCCUUCCACGAUAGGAUGCUCUCUGCCGAUAAGCGAUCGCCUCAACGUGAGCUCAUCAAAAUGGAGAAACAAGUUAUCAAGGGGGUUCCCCGUCCGGAGGCCUUGACCAAGUUCCAAGAACUCAUUCAGAAACAUGAGACUAAAGAUUCCGAGAAAGAAGCUGACAAACGUCGGUUCCUGGACAGUAUGACGAAGCGAGUCAAGACGGACCGUUAUGAGUUCCGGUUCAAGCCUAUGGACAUUAACGAGGUGGGCCGUGACGGUCGCUCAAGAAAGGGAACCGGAUGGCGCUACGGUGCACCUUUCGAAGACCGCAAGCGUGGGUUGGUCAAGAUUCCUACAUCGGUGCCUUGAAGUACAUGAAGACAAAUGGGACUUGGCAAAUAACUUGGCUUCGAUGGCAUAACUGUACAAUAAGAACCACCAGGACAUCAAGUCGUGUAUUAAUUAGAUAUGGACCAAACAAAGGUCCAAUGAAGAAGAACAGCGCUUGAAUUUUUUGCAUGUGAUCUUGAUAUUGCUUAUUGGUGAUUGAUCUGUUGCAUCGUAGUAUGCUUAUUGAUGAGGCUAUUGGUUGGGUACGAUCAAGUUCUUCCGAACUUGCUCGAGAUCGUCUUCUGACAAUCCGCAGUACUUGACAAGAUAUUGCUCAACGGAGCCAUGUUGUUCUCGUAGUGCUUUCAGGGCUGCCAGCAUGUUUUCGGGCUUGGCUCCAAGCAUUCGUUUGGCACCUUCGGGGUUCUCUUGAAGUUCGGGUAUCUUCGUCACUGCUUUGAGAAGCUCAUCUCCAAAAUCACCAAGCCCCACCUCUGUGAGGGCGUACUCGCGGGCGAUCGUCUGGUCAUCCACACCACAGAUUGAGAGAAUAAAAGCACAAAUGACUCCAGUCCUGUCUUUGCCUGCCGUGCAGUGGAUGAGCAAAGGUGAGGGGUCCGGCUUGGCUAGGUGUGAGAUGAUGGUGCUAAUGGGUUUCGUUCCCGCUUCCCAGAUUCCUCGAUAAGCCUCCACGAAGCCUUCGGUACCCUCAGCUGUAUAGUUCUUGAACCGUACAGCAAUAGCAUCGGGGCCAUAGUCUUCAUCCAUGAAGACUGGAACAAAAACACGCUCGGCGCCUGACCACUCCCGGGUUCCUGUGGCGUAGCGCUCAAUCUCAGUGCGGGAACGUAGA